AUGGAAUUUUUGACCUUUUUACAGAUUUUGGGCGGUCUCGUUGUCGCGAAAUUUUUGUACAAUCAAUGGAAGAUUUUCUCGUUGUAUUAUUACGCUAGAGACUUCGACUUCAAAAGCGUCGCUGAGGAUGGAUAUGCUUUGAUUACCGGCGGUGCUGAGGGGAUUGGAAGACAGUGUGCGUUGUAUUUCGCGAAGAGGGGCAUCAACUUGAUCCUUGUUGAUUUCAACGAGAAGAAAUUGAACGAAACGGCAAAGGAAAUCAAAGAAAAUUAUUCGAUUUCUCUCAUCACCAAAGUCAUGGACCUCACCACCCUGCACGAGCCAGAAGUAUACGCUUCUUUCGAGAAAGAAAUGCUCAAGCAGAAGAUCAGUAUUCUCUUCAACAACGCAGGAAUGUCCGAAGAAAAGAAAGCCUUCUGGAACUACGCUGGAUCGACUCCUUCCAAAGUUACCAAGAUUAUGACUUUGAACGCGGAGGUUCCUGUCUUGAUGACCCGCAUGGUUCUGCCAGGGAUGCUUGAGAGAAAGAAGGGCGUCUUGAUGCACAUGGGUUCUUCUGCUGGGCUGACUGCUUUGGAUGCAAAUCCUAUUUAUGCUGGAACCAAGUCUCAUGUGAUCAACUUCUCGAGAUCGAUUGAGCAACUCUAUCCAACAUCGAAAACCGGAAUCAUUCAUCAUGUCUUCUACCCCGCUUUUAUUAGGACAAGUUUGACAACCUUCCUCACUAAAGGGAUCAAGAAGAAGGGAUACGAAAACACGAUGGAGAGGCUGAAAGAUAUCGUCUUCCCGAAAGUUGAGACCUGGUUUGCUUCCGCGAUCAAAACGGUUGGAACUGGAAAGAAUGAGUCUGGUGGAUCGUGGUUUUUCGAACAGUUUGUCAAUUAUAUGGUCAUGCACUUUGAUAGCAGAGGCUUGAAAAUGCUCACUGAUUUGUCCGAAUAA